GAAUCAUUGCAGGCGUGCUACAUGCGGUCCUUGGUCCGGACCACCUGUGCACGAUCGUCACCCUGAGUGCAUGUCAGGGUGCCGAAGCUUUUUGGUUCGGCGUUCAAUGGGCCGCCGGACACUUGACAGGGAUGAGCGUUAUUGGAAUGGGCUUCGUGCUGCUCAAUGCUAAAUUCGGUGACGAGGCUCUUGAAUCGUAUGAACAUUACGCGGAUUAUGCGCUGGGUGUAUUAUUGAUCCUAUUUGGUGUUUAUUUUCUGAACAACGCUGACUUGUAUUUCGAUUCUGAAUGGAAGCCAAGGAAGGCGACGUGCUCUUGCCAUGGUCAUGGCCAGCAGCCUGCGGCCGGCCACAGCGCUGGUGACCCAGAGAGCGUGGAGGCGGCGGAGGAGUCGGCACCGCUCCUGGGCUCCCAGGGCCGCCAGCACGACGGCCGGGCGCACGUGGCUCGGCGCACGGCGUCCCUGCUCGCCGGCUUCGUGCAGGGCGUUGCGUGUCCUGCGGGGGUUGUUGGCAUGCUGAUGUUGCGGCAGUACGCGAAGAACGCCUUUGAGAUGUGCCUCUUCAUGGCCACCUUCUUCGCCGUCACGGCCCUGUGCAUGGGCACCAUGGCGAUGGCCUACGGCGUGCUCACGCAGAGGUGCAUCUCGUCCGGGUCCCUGGCGCGGCUGAUCUAUUGUUGCUCGUGCGGCGCGAGCCUGAUACUGGGAUCUCUGUGGAUCGGUCUGAACGCGUACGGGACGCUGGACACCCUGCUAGGUCACGACCAUGCUCACAGUACUGACGACCAUGGCCAUCAUCAUCACAUCCAUGACCACACAAGGGAAACGUUGUUGCUUUCAUAUGCGGCAUUUCGAUAA